AUGGCCAAUAAGGUUGAUGAUAACUUAAAAAAUUACUUAGGGGGCCCGCUUGUGUAUGCGGAACUGAAACUUCAGUAUCCCAUGGGGAAUUUAGAUGAAGUGUUGUAUAAUGACAUGAUAAAAAAAUUAAAAACUCGCCUUGAUAAAAAACCAUCUGGUUUAGUACAACGUUUAAGAUUCUCCAACAGGGUACAGCACCCUGAUGAGUCUUUGGAAGAUUAUGUCCUUGCUAUUAAACUCCAAGCGGAGUUUUGUGCGUUUGGAACAUUUAAAGAUCAGGCUAUACGGGACAGAAUAAUUUCUGGUAUAACAGAUACUGCUUUGCAAGAAAAGAUACUCAAUGAGGAUGAAGAUCUUAGUGCGGAGGCCACGGAAAAAAUUAUAAUUACAUGGCAGAUGGCUAAAUCAAACGCGAAGUCGCUCGGUAUAGGAAAUAAACCUGAAUUAGUUUCAUCAAUAAAUCCAGCAAAUUCUCCCCGGGGUAAAACAUGGCAAAAACUGUUAAGUGCUUUGAAUAAUGCACAAGCUAGUAACAUUGUUGGCACCCCUGGCUCUUCAAGAGGGCCAGUAAAAUCAAGAUUAGGGUUUAAGCCAUACAAUAGGGGAGACACUCCCAAAGCUAGAGCUAAUUUUCCUGACCGACCGUGGGAAAGGAAAAAGGUAGACUACUCUAGUUUAAUUUGCGACUUUUGUGGAAUUAAGGGGCAUAUAAAAAAGAAAUGUUUCAAGCUGAAAAACUUGAAAAGAGAUGCGGUGAAUUUCGGCGAUGGUUACGAGAAGCCUGGGACCAGCCAAAGUAAAUCACUGAAUGAGAUUUUCAACAGGAUGUCAACAAAGGAGGACAGCGAUGACGAACCUGAAGCAGGUGAUAUACAGUAUUACAAUUGGAAACGUCCUGGUAAUGGCACACCGUUCCCAGAUGCGGAUUAGGGACAGCUCCAGAGAAAGAAACCCGCUGGUUUCCUGGGUGCCAUGCGAAGACAAAAACAAUGAUGAGAAGAGCAAUAGUGAUGAGGAGGAAUUUAGGGGAUUCCCUGAUGAAGACCAGACGAGUAAAGGAGAAAAGAGAAAAUUCUGCUUGGAGCCGGCGGAAUCGUCGGAUUUGCAGAUUAGAAAAUCAAAACGUUUGCGGAAAUCCAAUUUCGACAGUGAUUUUGUAUAAUCAAAGAUUGCUCGAGUUAAUUUUUUUUGUUUUACUUGAUGUAAUUUCGAA